UACGUCUGUUUAUUCGCUAUCUUGAUGUAGCCUAAGCUUUUAUGCAAUGUUUAAAUCAUGAAUCGAAGUACUAAACUACUGUUGAAUUAACUGAAUGUUCGUGGAAUCGGCUAUUGUGGAAAAUCUGAACUGAACUUCUGAAGUACUGUUGCAUUAACCGAAUGCAUCUGGAGUAGGCUAUUUGUGUUGGAGACGUGUUUUAUUAAGGGGUCCUGGGUGAAGGACUGAGAGAAAGCAAGAGAGAUGGCAGCUGGAGUUUCAGACUCUUAUUGUGGGAAACCCUCAUAUCACUCAGAGACAAGGAUUGUGUUGCUGGGGAUGAGAGGGGCUGGAGUGAGUUCCACAGGAAACACCAUCCUGGGCAGAGAGGCUUUUACAGUAGGGAGAAAAACUGUGCAGUGUGAGAGGAGAGAGGGCGUAGUUUCAGGCAGGCAGGUUACUGUAAUCGACACACCAGGUAUGGAGGGAUACUUCACUGAAUCCAUUUCAGAAGAGGUUAAAGAGGAGAUCAUGAAGAGUGUGUCUCUCUGCUCCCCAGGACCACAUGCUUUCAUUCUGGUCUUUGAGAUUGGUGCUUUCAAAUACAUUAAAAUUGAAACAAUAGAGGAACAAUUGAGGCAGUUUGGAGAAACAGUCUGGAGACACACUAUAGUGCUGUUCACCAGGGGAGACAAGCUAACAAACACAACCAUUGAGAAGUACUUAAAGAAAGAUGGGAAAUCACUCCAGAAGAUAGUGAAGAAAUGUAGGUACAGAUAUCAUGUUUUCAACAACAAGGACAGAAGUGAUGACACUCAGGUAGCAGAGCUCCUCAGAAAAAUAGAGAUGGUGGCAAACAUCAAUGGUCAGUGCUUCACUGCUACUCUAGACAUUCACACACUUCAAAAAAUGUGUGAGGGAAUGGAGAGACAUAUACUGGAGCUGAGACAGAGACUAGAAAAAGCAAUGAGUGAGAAAGAACUGCAAAGAGAAGAGCUUGAGACAGCAAUAGUGGAUCUGAGACAGAGACUAGAAAAAACAAUGACUGAGAAAGAACAGCAAAGAGAAGAGCUUCAGAGACAGAUUGAACAGCGAGGAGAAAUGUAUGAGGAGAAAUUAAGACAAAUGAGAAAGGACAUUGAGGAGAGAGAGACAAAGAUAAAUAAACUUCAACAAGCUUUAGGGAAGAAUCCAGGGAUGGAGUCAACCCCUGUGAUGCAAAGGCUGUGUGAUUAUGUGAUUCCUGCCAGAAAGACAAGUAGUCUUCCCAUCCUGCCACCCAACAUGAGGGAAGAGGGACCAGCGCCCUCUAAAGGCAGGUGCAUGAUACAAGAGUCCUCUAAUGUCCGUGAUGUGGAGCCUCAAGCUCUCAGAAGCAGCAACACUAAUGAAGACAAGGUAGAGCAGGAUGUGACUGCAAGGAGCGAGGAUGGUCUUGAAGAUGGUUACAAGAAGAAUGAUUCCAAUAACCAACACAGUGAGAACAUCAAAGGAAUGGACAUCCUGAAACUGGGAUGUGGUGAACAUAAAGUAGACCCAAAACACGUGAUGACAGAGCCACUGAAAGAGCGUGAAGCAGUGCCUCCUUUGAGGAGAAGGAGCUCAGAACACCUCCCUUCCAUUAGUGAGUGUAAAACGGACAGCCCCUGGGAAGUCAGCAUGGAAGGGGCAGCAGCAGCUUCAAAGGAAGCCGUUCCAGCCCAGAUUAAGACCAGAGAGAAGAAAGAGAAAUGUCCAGGCUCCUCUGACACAGGCAGUGAAGGACUGCCUGGCCCAUGUGAACAAAGCAACAAGAUCAGCUGGAAGAAAAGGCUUAGUUCAUGGCUUCCCUCUAUAGGGAAUAAUAAAAAGGGCACAAAGAGCCCUGCAACAAGCACUCCUGAGACCACUGCAGCACCGAGCUCAACCACAGGCUCCUUUCCAGAGACUGCUGAUAAAAGCUUUCCUGCACAUCCUGCUUCAAAUCCCAUCACCAGCUAUGCGCAGAGAUCAUAUUCUGUAACCAAUAUGGCACCGUCCACACCAGAAUCAGGAGAGACCAUGACAGAUGCAUCUAGAUGUCAGUCUGAUACAAACCUGUUUCGUUGUAGAAAGCAAUCCUUCGCUAGCUCUGCAGCUAGUUCUCUGAUGACCUUUCUGUCACGUUCUUCACAUUCUGUGUUGUCUGUGAUGUCUAAAAGCACUUUUAAAGGUUCUACAAUAUCUUUACCCGCAGUCUUCCUGUGA